CCCGGCGCGGCCUCAGUGCCUCACCCAGUCACUCUCGUCUCUCUCCCUCCCUUCCUCAUAAUUUCCAUUUUCCUUCGGCUUCAGGCUUCAAAAAACCCUAGCCUCCACAGGACCACUCUCGUCUCUAUCUCUCCCUGCGAGUCUCGAUCUCACCCUGACCCUGAUCCAGUCCCCCCGACUCUCGUAUCUCUCUCGCUGAGUCGCCGCGCGACCUCACCCUGACCCAGUAACCACCCCCGUAGGCAGCGGUCGACACGGGAGCACUAAAUUUCAAUUAAAGGAAACGGUGCAUCUUGAAGGGUAUCUAAAACCUAAAAGUUACAGAGAGAGAGAGAAAGAGAGGCAGAGGGACGGAGAUGAAGCAAGUGGUAGGGAUGGUAGUAUCGAACAAGAUGCAGAAGUCAGUGGUCGUGGCGGUAGAUAGGUUGUUCCAUAGCAAUCUCUACAACCGCUUUGUCAAGCGCACCUCGAAGUUCAUGGCACACGAUGAGCUCAACCAAUGCAACAUCGGAGACCGCGUCCGAUUGGAUCCAUCAAGGCCACUUAGCAAACGUAAGCGUUGGGUCGUUGCUGAAAUCCUCAAGAAAGCCAGAAUUUACGAACCACCCUCCUCUGAUACUAAACCACCACCACCAUCCUUGCCUAUUUCAACAGCCCCCUCCUAAGGUGAUGUUUUAUGCAGGACGCCUGAAAAGCUGAGAAUAUUGAGUUCUAGAGGACAGCCGGUUCCAAGAGCUGCUUAGUAGCAUCUGCACAAUCCUUGAUGAAAAGUCGAGAUUUCUAUUUUUUUUUUUUUAUCUGUACCUUUUGAACGGUAUAGACUGAACAGCUAUUGAGAGGGACUUAUAGCAUUAUUUUCUAUUCAGUUCUCUUGACAAUAUCUUUAAUUUCACUUCUGUUCAAUACUAUCCAAGACGCAGUGGUUUCAUUCA